AUGGAUUUCCUAGACUUUCAAACAUUUUCUUUUGUUGACACUGCCACAAAUGAAAAUAAUUCAUUGCCUUCACCUGGCCAAGGGCUAAAAUUAUCAUCUAGUGAUAGUUAUCUUUAUAAUAAUAAUAAUGAUAAUUACACCGACAACACAUUAAGCAGUGGUCUUAAAACUGACGAUGCAUUUGAGUUACCUAAUUUGUCACAGGUUAAAAUAAAUGAUAAGAAUAGCAAUCAAUUAUCUUCAAAGAUGGCAAAUUAUGUGAAAAUGUCUAUUAAGGAACUAAAUCUAUUUAAAGAAUCCAGUAGUUACACUUCUACAAACACUAACACUAAUACUAAUAUGGAACCAUCUUUAACUAAUGAUUUAUUGAAUAAACCAAUUGAUAUUAAUAAGCUACUAAAUAGAGAUCAAACUUCAUUAGAAGCUACAAAUCAAGUACUUUCCAAAAAAUUGUCUGUUAUUCUAAAUGAGCGUAAUAUAAAUAACUAUCACCAAACUAUUAAACUAAGGAAGGCACUUUCUCUUUUAGAAGAUACCAAUAUAGUUAAAAAUGAAACAAUAACAACAACGACCAGUAAUAGCAAUAACAUGAUGAAAAAAAAUCAAAAGAAAAAUUCUAAUUUAGAGUAUACGCAAAAUUAUUUAAAUAUAUCAUUAGAUAUUGAUAAUUUAGUAUCUGCUGAUUAUGUAGGCAUUCUUUCUAGAAAAAAUUUGAAAUAUGACAUAGAGACACAGCUUCUUAAAGAACAUAUAACAAUCCUUGAGGAUUUUAGACCCGUCAUUAGAAGGAUUAAACGAUUAUGUAACUCUGUGGAUAACAUUAAAGAAGUUAAGCUUCAAUUAACUUCAAAGAACGAAAAUGAAAAAGAAAAAAAUAUUCUAAGCGAUAUUGAUAAAAUAAAAAAAGAUUUAAAAUUAUUAAAAUUAAAACAGCAAAUUUUAUUGCGGAUCAAAGAUACUUUUACUUUGAACCAAGUUGAAGAAGAUAUUAUACAAAAUGGUAAUAUCACAACUAACAGUAGUGAAUUUUUUGAAGUUAUUGACAAAAUAGAAUCUAUUAGGGAAGGAUCCUCGUAUUUAUUAGCAUUAGAUGAUCAACAUGCUGGUAAAGCACUAAUAUCAAAAUUGAAUGUUAACUUAGAGAUGAUCAAUCGAAAAAUUUUUAACCAUUUACUAUCAUUUCUUUAUGAUUAUAAUUCCAUAACUAAUACAGACUUACCAAUUUACAGAAAAUGUUUAAUUUAUUUAUCUAAUGACUUAUCAUUUUUUGACUCCUUUAUUAAGCAUGUCACUACUGAAAGAUCCAAAUUAAUCCUUGAUGAAUUUUUAUCUCAAUUCGAUUUAAAUGUAAGAGACAAGAAACCAGUUCUUUUAAAUGCACACGACCCUAUUAGAUAUAUCGGUGAUGUAUUGGCAAGUAUUCAUUCUUUGAUUGCCAACGAGGCUGAUUUUAUUAAAAUAUUGUUCUCUUUUCAAGAUGAAAAAGAAACUGAAACAAACAGCAACACUAAUAAUAUUAAAGAUGAAUCAAAAGAAAAAAACUUUUAUCUUCAAUAUAAGUCAAUUAAUAUUGAUUAUUUGAAAGGCUUAGAUACAAAACUUCUGAAUGAAAUUGUUCAAUCUUUAGCUAAUUCAUGUAGAAUCCGUAUAGAACAAAUUGUAAGAUUUGAGGAAAGCUGUACUAUCAGUUUUGAAAUUAUUCAAUUAUUAAGAUUAUACAGGAUAAUGUUCGAAAAGAAAAGCAUUGAAAAAAGUAACAAUUUAAUUGUAAAUCUUGAAAAAUUAAUUACAAUGUCUAAUGAAAAGAUCCAAGACCACUUUGUUACAUUUAUCAAGGAAAACAAAUCAACUAAACUUGAGUAUAAUAAUGACACAGACCUUCUACCACCUGAUUGGUUAUUUGAUUAUUUAAAUGAAUUAACAGAUUUCUUAAGGGCUUACUCAAAGAACAAUAGUAUGGAAGAUUACAGCACUAAAAAUUCCAAUAAACAGUCUGUUGCUGAACAAGAUAUUAUAAAUGAAAACUUCAUAGUACAGACCAUAGAAGAACCAUUCCAAAAGGUACUAAUUGGACAAAUCCAAGCCGCAUUUCCAUUGGCAAAGAAAAAGGAAGAAGUUAAGAUUCUCUUUUUAACUGUCCAAGUAAAUUGCUUUGACUUAAUUAAGACAAGAUUACAAAUCUUUAAAGAAUCAAUUUUUAAUAAAGAUGAAAAGAUAUCACAAAUCUAUGAAAACAUUGAAACCAAACUUGAUACAUUAAUAUCAAAUCUUCAAAAUUUACAGACGAAAUUAUUACUUGAAAAGACAGGAUUAUCACUUUAUAACAAUCUAUUAAAUAUGAUAUUCCCUAUUGAUCAAGUAGAAGAUGAAUUAGAUUAUGAUAUGUAUUUAUCCUUGAAAGAUAAUGAUUUAAUGUGCUUACCAUCUAUCAACAAUAACGUACAUAAUAAAUUGAAUGAAUAUCUACCACAAGUGCUAACUGAAUUACAAGAAACACUACUGUUUAAACUUGCAUCUCCUGAAAUUGCUGAUCAUAUAUGUGAAUAUUGUUUUAAGAGAGUAUCCAGAUUUUAUUCAGUGUUCAGAAAGGUCUUGACACAUAUCAAUCCAGAGCAAAAAGAGGAAGUCUGCAAAAUUCUGAAUUUCACAGAAGAUGAUUUUAACAUUUUACUUGGGAUAACCAAUGAUAAAUAA